AUGAUGAAUUUUUUCGGUGGCAAGAAUCAGCAGGUCUCUGAAAAGCCCAAAACAACUAAUGGGUUUUUUCCUAGUUUCACAUCACAAACUGCCACACCAACCACGGCAUUGAGUGAGAACUCUUAUGCUAUGGGAACAACAGGUCUUGCUUCUGGAGCACCUGAAAAUGCGCUUUCUCAAAUGAAGGUGAUGAGCAGUCAGACGGAACAGCAAUCGUUCAAUGAGCCCCAGAUGCACUUCAGUCAUGUUUUGCAGCAGGGACAGCACCCAGAAGACUCUCAGAAGAGAUCUAACUUACCUGCAAACGGUACAGCAAAUCAAACAGAAGCAUCUUUGAUGGAACAUGAGCCAUCUCACUAUAAUGUCGCUCGAGGGCAACUAGUGGUAACGAUCGUCGAAGCUCGCGAUUUACUCACAAGGUCGAACCAGUCUCAGCCAUACGUUGUAUGUACUUUUGAGAGCUCCGAAUUCAUUUCGAAUGGCCCUGAAUCAGUGGACAACAAGCCCUUCGUAAAUAACAGUAACAGUGGAUGGAGCAGUGUUCUUCCCGUGAUCAGCGAGAAGAACAAGAGACCUUUGUAUACACGUCAAUCGUCUUCACAACUAAACCAUUUAAGCUCCUCAAAAAAUGGGUCCAACACCAAUUGCGCAAACCCUAUAUGGCAUCAUCAAACCACAUUCGACGUUUUGGGCGCACACUCCGAGCUUGAAAUCUCAGUUUACGAUGCCGCACAUGAUGAUACGUUUUUAGGGCAAGUCAGACUGCGUCCCAACACAAACUCAACAUCAGCAGCUACCCACAACCAAUGGUAUAGCCUACAAAGUAGGGUGGUGGGAGAAAGCGUCACAGGUGAUAUUCUUGUGAAGUGGGAGUACGCCGCCACCCAGAAAAGGCAGUAUGGUCCUCAAGAUUUCGAAGUUCUGAGAUUAUUAGGUAAGGGAACCUUUGGACAGGUCUACCAGGUUAAGAAGAAAGAUUCGAAGAGAAUUUAUGCUAUGAAAGUUCUGUCCAAGAAAGUGAUAGUUAAGAAAAAUGAAAUUGCUCAUACAAUUGGUGAAAGAAAUAUUCUAGUUCGCACCGCCUCAAAAUCGUGUCCUUUUAUUGUAGGGUUAAAGUUUUCCUUUCAAACUCCCACGGAUUUAUAUCUGGUAACUGAUUUUAUGAGUGGUGGUGAACUUUUCUGGCAUUUACAAAAGGAGGGAAGAUUUGCUGAGGAUCGUGCGAAAUUCUAUAUCGCUGAGCUAGUUUUAGCACUUGAAUAUUUGCAUGAUAAUGACAUUGUUUAUAGAGACCUGAAACCUGAGAAUAUCCUUUUAGAUGCAAACGGAAAUAUUGCCUUAUGCGACUUUGGCCUAUCGAAAGCAGAACUCAAGGAUCGUACCAAUACGUUUUGUGGAACGACAGAAUACCUAGCACCAGAGCUCUUAUUGGAUGAAAGUGGGUACACAAAGAUGGUUGAUUUUUGGUCUCUAGGUGUUCUUAUUUUUGAGAUGUGUUGUGGGUGGUCACCUUUUUUUGCCGAGGACAAUCAAAAAAUGUAUCAGAAAAUAGCCUUCGGUAAAGUGAAGUUCCCACGCGAUGUUUUAUCUCCUGAGGGUCGGUCUUUUGUCAAAGGACUGCUCAACAGGAACCCAAGACAUCGUUUGGGUGCUGUCGAUGACGGUAGAGAAUUGAGAGCACAUCCUUUCUUCGCUGAUAUUGACUGGGAGGCGUUAAGGCAGAAAAAGAUACCACCUCCCUUCAAGCCUCAUCUAGUUUCUGAAACGGAUACGUCUAAUUUUGAUCCUGAGUUCACCCAAACUUCGACCUCGUAUAUGAACAAGCAACCAAUUGCAGCUACUCCGCUUUCUCCGGCUAUGCAAGCUAAGUUUGCAGGUUUCACUUUCGUGGAUGAAUCUGCGAUCGAAGAGCAUUACAAUACAAACUAUAACAAUAGAAAGUUCCUGCAAAACUCGUACUUUAUGGAACCUGGCUCUUUCAUACCUGGUAACCCCAAUCUUCCUCCUGACGAGGAUGUUAUUGAUGAUGAAGAUGACAAUGAUAUGAGCCAGGGUAAAUCAGCGAUGGCAGACGACCCUGUCGAUUACGAAAAUGAUCACCAUAUGGAUGACGAGUUUGUUAGUGGUCGUUUUGAGAUAUAA